GGUUCAGGUUCCGGGGCGGCGCGGAUUUCGCGGCCUGUGGGUCGCGGGCGGCGCUCUCCGGGUUCCGGGGCCGCGCGCCCUGCGGCUGCCGGAAUGGAGGAGGCCGGAGUGGCAGUGACCACGGCCGGGGAGGCCGAGCUGAACUUGUCCCGCCUCAGCGUGUCUGCCGAGACGCUGGAGUCGGAGCUGGAGUCACGGGGCGAGGAGCGGCGCGGCUCGCGGGAGGCGCUGCUGCGGCUGCUGCUGCCGCACAACCGUCUGGUGUCGCUGCCGCGGGCGCUGGGCAGCGGCUUCCCGCACCUCCAGCUGUUGGACGUCAGCGGCAACGCGUUGACAACGCUGGGGCCCGAGCUGCUUGCGCUGCGCGGCCUGCGCACGCUGCUGGCUAAGAACAACAGGCUCGGAGGGCCAGGCUCGCUGCCCAAGGGUCUGGCCCAGUCGCCUCUCGCUCGCAGCCUUCAAGUACUCAACCUCAGCGGGAACUGCUUCCAAGUGGUGCCCGCCUCCGUGCUGGAGCUGCGCGCGCUGCAGACCCUCAGCCUGGGCGGCAACCAGCUGCAGAGCAUCCCGGCCGAGAUCGAGAACUUGCGGAGUUUAGAGUGUUUAUAUCUUGGAGGAAACUUCAUCAAAGAAAUCCCACCAGAAUUAGCAAACCUGCCUUCUCUAAAUUACUUGGUAUUAUGUGACAACGAAAUCCAAAGUGUGCCUCCUCAACUUUCACAGUUGCAUUCACUUCGUUCCCUCAGUCUUCACAAUAACUUGCUGACAUACCUGCCUCGAGAAAUCCUCAACCUUAUUCAUUUGGAAGAAUUGAGUUUGCGAGGAAAUCCAUUGGUUGUUCGUUUUGUUAGAGAUUUAAUCUAUGACCCACCAACUCUCCUGGAAUUAGCUGCACGGACCAUUAAAAUUCGAAAUAUUUCCUACACUCCUUGUGAUCUUCCUGAGAACCUUCUUAGAUACUUGAGUUUAGCCAGCAAUUGCCCAAACCCAAAGUGUGGAGGAGUCUACUUUGACUGCUGUGUCAGACAAAUAAAAUUUGUGGACUUCUGUGGGAAGUACCGCCUCCCCCUAAUGCACUACCUGUGUUCACCAGAGUGCUCGUCCCCUUGCAGUUCUGCCUCUCACAGCUCCACAUCCCAGAGCGAAUCGGACUCAGAGGACGAAGCUAGCGUUGCUGCACACAGAAUGCAGAAAGUUCUUCUCGGUUGAGAAGAGUGGUGUGAAACACUAAAAGACUGAGGAAAGGUGGUUAGAAAAGAAAAUAGACUUUGAAGUUAACUAGAAACCAUAUCUUCAUCUUGAAUGUCCAUAAAUGAGUCGGGGUGAUGUAAAAGAUUUUGUUUCAUCCACCCAUUCAGCAGGAAUGAAUCCAGUUCCGUGUUUAGAUUCCUUGAAUAUAAUUCACUCUAAAUGGCACUUUCAGAUGUGGCUGAUUGCUUGCAUGUUUCACGCAAGUUUUGCAUGACUCACGUAGCAGACUAGAACAUUCUGAAGAGCAGUAUAUAAUAAACCAUGAGUGGUGUAACUUGUGACAGUUGAGAUGAACAAAGAAAUGAUAAAAGCUGUAAUUAUUACCAGAGUUGUCCUUGGGUUUAGGUUGAACACUAUACCAUAAUAGAAGUAGCCCUCCCUUAAUGUAUUGCCCAUAUGUUGAGAUUACAGAGCUAUUCAGAUAAGCUCACAGAUGGUUACGUAGGAACCAAACCUUUCUGACCUACUAACUGGUAAAGUAAGGGAUAUAACCUUAUGUGGGAUUGUACAAUUCUUCAGUUCUGUUCCUUUAUUCUGUGAUUGUUGUACCCUUAGGUAAUCCAGCAAUGACUGGUACAGUGCCUUAAGAAAUAUGCUUUAACAGAACUAGGUAAACAGCUGUUUAACAUCUGAGCUUAUGGCCACCUUAACUUCAUUUUUUGUGUAAACAUGAAGUAAUCCCCUAUAAAUCACUAACACUUAAUGGGAGGCCACUGUCUUGAUUAGUCUGUUCAUCAUAACACAGAAUAAUAGUUUUUGAUUGAAAAAUCAGUCAGAUUUCUUUUGACAUAAAAGAGAUGUAAGCUAGUAAAGCUUCUUUAUAAAGGAGUGGGAAAAUGAUUUAAAAAUUUUUAACAAUCAGGUAUGACUCUGUUGCAUGUGUGUAUUGAACUGUAACUUUUUCUACAUUUUAAAGAAACACUAGAAAAACAUUGUAAGUCAAAUAAAAUUGGGGGCAACAGUCAUUGUGUUUGUACACAGUAGAACAAUUUCCAAAACCAGUUUAACCAUGGAAUAUUUUUGAAAAUAAUGUAUUGAUAACAUCUUUAAAAAGAAUUAGAUAUAUUAUAUCCUUAAAGUAUAGCAGAAAAAUGUUUUCACAGAUUAAUUGCUAUUAGAAAUGACCAAAUUUUUAUGAACUAGUUUGAAAUGCAAUAAAAAUUGAAUAAUAGUCCAAUUAUAAAUUGAUAUAAUAAAGUACACAACACAUACUAGCAAUCAUUAGAUCAUUAACCUAUCAUCUGAUGGUUUGUUGGUAAAUGUUACCUGAUACGCAGGUCAGAAAUGCAUUGGAACAUGAGAUGAUCUCCCCUCUGACUUGCUGGCAUUCAUGACUGGGCACACAAUUUCUUAAAAGCAGAUUGUUGUACAGUAAUGAUAUGUACAUAUAUUAGGUUUUUGUCAUAUAUAUUAUUUUUUAUUUUACAAGAAAACAUAUUGUAGGGUAGUUCAGAGUUUGUUUAUUAUAUGUUCAUUCAUGAAACAUGAGAGUUUCAUGACUGCAGGUGUGAAACGCUGCUAUAGAGUGAAUCCCUCCUCCUUCCCCUUGUUAUAAUGUAGUUAAGAGUCUUUUAUCAUUUUGAUUCAGAAAUUUUCUAUACUAUAUAAGUAAUCUAUAUUUCUACUGCCUAGCAAAGUAGGACAUGGGUGAUUAUACCAUAUAAUGGAAGUAAUGAGAAGUCUCCAUUUGAGCCACAGCAAGCUGCAUACUACAAAAUUAUGAAUGAUAAAGAUGACGUAGGCAGUGUCUAGUGGCAAGCUCAGAAUGUUUUGUAAGUGACUUAGUUUAGGUAUAUAAAAUAUUUUCAUAGAAAAUAAUGUAUUCAUAGUAAAAUAGUCAAAUUAAUAGGACCAAAUUUUUCUGACUUAAAUGCCUCAGUUUACUUCCUAAUUAUCAGCUUGACCUGAGCAACAGCUUGGGUAAUCUUCUAAGAGUUAGUCUUUGUAAAAUAAAUGGGUAGGUAUGUAAAUACGGCAUUUAACCUUACAUAACUCCAGCUUCCCAGAAGAUAUACUGAUUGAGCUUUUAUAGAUGUAAAUAGGUCUAACCAGAAAUAGUUUCUAGUCUUUGCUAUAUAAUGUGGAUGUAUACCAGAGUAUACAACAAAACACCUUUCAACAAAAUGUUAUAUUUCUCUGUAUGUACAUUUGAAAAUCUAACAUAAGUGUCCACUGUCUUUGGUGAUUUUUACUGAAAUCUACAUUAUAGCUGUUAGUUUUAUCUUUAUUUUUUUAAGUCUUUGACCUAAACUUUUACAAGAGCUGCUAAUAAGUUCUAAGAUUUCCCCUGUUUUUCCCCUACCUUCCCUUUUUUCAUAACUGGAUAGAAAUUAACCAGAAGUGAGCUACAAGGGACUUGAUAUUCUAAACACCAGAUAAUCAGCUCCUGAAUCAUAGUUGACUAUUUAUAAUGAUAAAAUGAUAAUCUUUAUCUCUUUAGUUAAGUCACAUGUUUGUGUUUAAACUACAGUUAGUAAACGUUAACUGUAUUUUUUUGAGAUUUAUAGAAUCUGCACUAAUUUUCAUAGCGAAAUAAGUUUUUAUAUUGCUCCACUUGGACAAUUUUAGUGACCAAAACUUAAGUGGAUAAAACUACUUAACCAAAGCAUUAAUGUGUUUAGAAUGCAAUUCUUCAGUGCUAAUAUUUGAAACUAAAAUGGGUACAUUGAAGAUUCCUAGUAAUCUUUAUUCCUAGAAUGCAGUUCUCAGUGUCACCAAACUGAGUCAUGAAAUAAUCCUAGGUUUUAGGAAAUAGUAAGAUUAACUGAUACGAUACGAGCUUUUUAUGGGGCCAGAGAAUGGCUGACCUAAGGACAAGCUAGUCAGGGUUCUCAGUAUUCCCUGUAACUGACUAGUGGAGGUAGGUCUGAGGGUUACUAUUCAGAUUUUACUUAUAAAUGUGUGCGAGAAGAGUCUUUUAUUCUAAAAUUCUUGAUAUUUGAAACUUUUUAAGUUACCAAAUUUAAAAGUAAAGACUUUUGUUGUAAACUGUACCUCAAAUUUGAGAAAUUUCUGUCUUGAUGUAAAUAAAAGUUGAAAGCAUUUCACACUAGUGCAUUGUAAUACUGCAGACCAGUUCCACCAAACAUUGUAAAUACCAAUUUUAAACAAAAGAAGAGAAGGCAAAGACUCACUGCAAGAGUAUGAAAUGAAAGAAAUCUUUUAAGGGAGCAAAGGGCAGGGAAAGAGAAGUCACCAGGAAUAUCCCAGAGCCAAGAAAGUCCUUUCAAGUAGUAGUGAAUUGUUUGAAAAUUAUGGCCCACUGACUUCCAUCUGAAAGCCUUUAUCACUAAUUUCUUUAGUUGCUGCUACUGGGAGAUUGUCCGCAUGCCUCCAUAAUGAAGGGCCAGCCAGUAAUAAGAUUUUCUUACAGCCAGCCUUGCUCUUUCCAAAAGGAGAAAGUAGUACCUCAUUAACCUGGAGUUUGUGGUACAACCUUGGUUAAUGUUUACCUUUUCACUGUGUAAAAAAGAAAAAACACUAACCAAAUAAUUACUGCAGAUAAAGUUUGAUCUUUUAAAACAUUUUAUUAAAAAAUUAUUCCUAAAUAAUAAGACCCUUUAUAGGCAAAACUAUCAGUUAAGUAUGUGUAUAUAAAAUUAGUUAAACUGCAUUUAUUUAGAAAUACUUAAUUUUUACCUAAUGACCCCCUUUUUAUCUCAAAGUAGAGAUUUUAUUAUGGCAGUAUAAAUAUUACUCCCAUUUAGUCCGAAAUAGUGAGCUUUUAAUAAUAAGCUGGGUGUUUAACCACAGUAAAGGCUACCUGUAUAGGUUUUUAGGCAACAUGACCUGUAAUGCAUAGUUCUGAUUUCCUCUGUAUAGAAAAGUACUUGACCUUCACUGUUUCUGUAUUAAGACUAUACUCUGUAACAUUAAUGUGAUGAAUUUAAUAGCAUCUGGUUUUGUAUUAUCUUUAUAGUCAAGAUCUUUUUAAAGGUAGCAGUGUCUUCAGUUGUACUCCGAAAGUAUGUACCUUAAAUCUUCCAGUUUAGACCCAAAGUUUGGGGAAUUAUGUCAUUUAAUAAGUUGUGACAGCUUUAUCACCCUUUUUAUUUGACUUAAGAGAGAGAAACUGUGAUCCUGAAGGAAUGUCUCAGUCUAUGCGUCCAAUGUCUAUGAGUAGGGCUUCUAGAGAGGAAAUCCCAAUUAUACAUACUGUCAGGAGGCCUAAGCCAUAAGACUGGGACCCUGAAAUAAAAUCAGUGAAAAGGUAUGUUCUCUUUUAUAUUAUUUCAUAAAGAAAAUUCAUCUACCACUAAAGAAUGAAAGCAGUUCCUAAGCAUAUUAUUAACAUUAUACCUAUAAAGAAAGGUAUUGCCACAAGGCCUAGCAUAUUUUGUGAGUGGCUUUUGUAAUACUGCGUUGAAGGUGGGGUAUGUUUUACUCUUUUUGCAUGUAAAUAUCUUCAUUCUUUUUCUCCUUGGUCCAUAUUGCCAAGAAUUGAUGUAGCAAAUAACAGUUCAUUAACAACACACAUUACACAUUAUUGAACGCACAGGGUAAUAUUGACUGGGUGCUACUAGACUUUUACCUAGCAUUGAUCUGUCUCAGUUUAUCGUAAGAGACAGUAUUCAAUCCAGUAAAUAUUAAAAUGUAUUAGUUGAAUGAAGGUUAUUUAUAGACCAUCAUGCCAGAAGCCAUGAUUAGAGAAACGAGCUGCGUUCAGCAGAACUUACUUUCUUCCUUUGGCUGUGAAUAAAUUGGAUAAAAUUCCAGUCAGGGGAAGAAACUAGGAUAAGAUUGAUAAUCACUAUUGCUAGCAGUACAAAAACAUUACUAAAUUGGUUAAUUCUUCUGUCUACAACUGAUAUUUUAAAGAGAAUCCUUUCAGUAACAAAUGGAUAACGAUGUGUUAUUGGGAAGGAAUAUUAAACUCAACAGUCACUUUACAACAAUCAUGGAGAGAUCUGUGUACCUGCAACUGGUGUUUGUUGCAUUUCUGAGCCCACUUUGUCGUCAAUGAGAAACAAAAAACAUAAUGGGAGGAAUAUUUUAAAUCAGUAUUUUAACUUUUUAUAAAGUUUGGGACAUUAUCAACAAAGGAUAUUGAAAAUACAUGUUAGUCAAACUACUUUUUAUCUGAUUUUUAAAUUUUCUGUAUUUGAAAUCUUGUGAAUUAGGAAUAUCUGUAUCUAUGGGUAUAUAGAUAUUUAAAACUUAAUGUUACCAAUAAAUGUAUUUCAGCAAUUUGAUUCAAUAAUUAAAUGUUAUUUGCAUCAAAUUUGUAUGGUAAAUGCUCUAAAAAGAAUAUUCAAACCAUUUGGGUUCUGUAUCUCCUUUAUCCCCCCAAGCCACACACAAAAAUGUGAUCUUUUAUUAACUAAUCCUCUGUGUGAAUUUUGCUGUAUCAAACAUUGUGCCAUAUAGUAUUAAAAGUGUUUUGUUGAAAUCUGA